UGGUGGAGACGGGUGCAAGCGAGGGACCACGCGCUCGUGCCGUCGCGAAACACCGACGGAGUCCAACGAGAAGUCCCGGUGCACUGAAUAGAUAAAUAUGCGGUGACUCGCACGUCCCCAUCAUUAUGGUGUCGCCUUUAUUCUUGCGAUGUGCUGUCACGUUGGCUUCCGCCUUUUCUGUCCUCGGAGAUUCCGAUUCAGCGCAACUGGAUGGAGUUCCGCCUUCUAAAAUCGCUGUCAUCGGAGCCGGGAUCGGCGGCACCGCCACGGCCCAUUUCCUGCGGCAGCACUUCGGACCCGAGGUGCGCAUCGACGUGUUCGAGAACGGCACGGUGGGGGGCCGGAUCGCCACGGUCACGGUGAACCAGCAGGACUACGAGUCCGGGGGCUCCAUCAUCCACUCGCUCAACCUGCACAUGCAGGACUUCGCGAAGCAGCUCGGUCUGAAGCACCGGAGGAAUGUGGCAGGGAAGACUGCAGUGUUUAACGGGGAAGAGUUCAUACUGGAGGAGACUGACUGGUACCUGCUGGAUCUUUUCCGCUUGUGGUGGCGCUAUGGCAUCAGCUUCAUCCGCCUCCAGAUGUGGGUGGAAGAGAUCAUGGAGAAGUUCAUAAGGAUUUACAAGUACCAAGCCCAUGGCUAUGCCUUCAGCUCUGUGGAGGAGCUCCUGCACUCCCUGGGGGGCACGGGAUUCCUCAACAUGACCCGUCGCUCGCUGUCGGAGUCCUUGCUCGAGCUGGGUGUGUCACAGCGCUUUAUUGAGGAGGUCAUUGCCCCCAUCAUGAGGGUGAAUGGGCAGAACAUCAGCAUCCCUGCCUUUGUGGGUGCCAUGUCACUGGCUGGGGCGCAGGGUAACCUCUGGGCUGUGGAAGGGGGUAACAAGCUGGUUUGUUCUGGUCUGGUGAAACUGGCGAAGGCCAACCUCAUAAAGGCUCACGUCACGACAAUAUCGCCACGCGCAGCAGGGGAGUCAAGUCUAUACCAGCUUGACUUCACGUCACCAGAAGAAAAGGGUUCGGAGCUUUACGACAUUGUGGUGGUGGCCACGCCUCUGCAAGCGGGGGUCAGACCGAGCAUCUCCUUCGAUGGCUUUGAGCCGCCACUGCCCGAGAUCACCGGUACUUACCAGCAGACCGUGGCCUCCAUCGUUCACGGCUACCUUAACUGCUCCUACUUUGGCUUCCCGGACCCAAAGCUCUUCCCCUUUGCCAGUGUGCUAACCACCGACAACCCAGGGCUGUUCUUCAACAGCGCCGCUAGCCUCUGCCCCGUGAACAUCAGCGCCGGGUUCCGCCGAAAGCAGCCGCAAGAGGCCGGCAUCUACAAGGUCUUCUCCCAGAGGCCACUGGGCAAGGCGGAGCUGAAAACGCUAUUCAAGUCCUACUACUCGGUGCAGGUAACAAGCUGGCAGGCGUAUCCCCACUAUGGCAGCACCCAAGGACUUCCCCUGAUUAUCCUACAUGAUAAUCUGUACUACCUCAAUGGCAUAGAGUGGGCUGCCAGCGCAAUGGAGAUGAGCGCGGUGGCAGCCAAGAACAUUGCUCUAUUGGCGUAUCACCGCUGGAACCGUCAGCUGGAGAUGACUGACCAGAAGGACUUGAUGCACAAGAUUAAGACCGAGCUCUGACCCCAAGGCUGAGCUCUUGUCCUAGGGAGCAAGGGAAGGAGCCGGUGCAGAAUCAUUCCCACGAUUGCUCAUGAAAAAGGUUCCUGCUAAGGCCUCUUUAAAGCUCUUUGUGGCUUAUUUUUGUUGGGUUUUUUUUUUUUUUUUUUUUUUUUUUUUGGGGGGGGAAGUCUUCAUGCUGUGUGAUACAUUGCCAUGAAUUCUGACUGUGGAACUGCAUCUCUCUCUUUGAACCGAACAGGAAAUUUUGUUUAUUUGAAGUGGCUUUGAAUUCAAGCUACAAAGUGCAACUAUACUGUAAAACUACAACUAAAAAAACAAAUCAGGGUGAUUCACUGCAAAUACUUCAUUAAAGUGUUUUUGUGGGUCAGAUUCAAUGUUAAGUCAAACAAAAGUGUGAAUUGCAGUGUCACUACCGUUACUGUCAAGGCUAUAAAAAUCAGACCUUUAUCAUUUCUGUUUUUACCUACACUGCUAAUGACAUGAGCUUCUAACAGAAGCCAUGUUGUUAAUUGCAUUUGUUUUCUGUUUAAUAUACAUGGAUUAAGACAGUAAAAAAAAAAAAAAAA